GGCAGGGCACACAGGUGAUGUGACAAGCAGGUUCAGCAACAGUUGAAACCAGAAACGAGUUGCACCUUAGGCAGGAUCCUGUUUCUUUUAAAACAGGAGCUGUUUAGAAGAAAGACCUCAGGAAUUUUACUGAAAAUGGACAUUUUAAAGAGAUCAACUUCUGAAACAUGGAUUAUUUAUUUUUUUCAUUGACUAAAGGCUACUUAAGCUGCUCCAAAGAGUUCUUCUCAAUGUCUUGAGAUUUAUAUGUUGACGUUGGAUCUACUUGAGAUCUUUAGGAAAAAAUGGGGACCUCUGUUUUGUGUGCACUCAGGACUAAGAGAGGAGCCUUUUGCAUGCUGCUGCUCCUCUUGCUGGGCUGCGUUGGAGGGAAAUCUGAGCUCCAGGGGUCAAAACCUGCAGUGUCAACCAACAUCCCUGUCGUCAAACCUUUCCAAAAUGAACCCCAGGCCUUCCCCAAUGAGGAAAGGACCAAUCUUCCGGUAUUUACUAUGGACUACCCUCGGAUCCAGGUCCCCCUUGAAAUCACUUUGUGGAUUCUGCUUGCAUCUUUUGCAAAAAUUGGUUUCCACAUUUACCACAAAAUCACAAUCUGGAUCCCUGAGUCUUGCCUCCUCAUCGCCAUCGGUCUCAUCGUGGGUGCCAUCAUGCAUGCAGUCAAAGAGGAGCCCCCAGCUGUCCUCAGGUCCACCGUAUUCUUCCUUUACCUGCUCCCAACUAUUGUCCUCGACAACGGCUACUUCAUGCCCACACGGCCAUUCUUCGAGAACGUCGGCACAGUGCUGUGGUAUGCCGUGUUGGGAACUCUGUGGAACAGCAUCGGCAUUGGCAUUUCCCUCUUUGCAGUCUGCCAGUUUGAGGUGUUUGGAGUUAAAGAUAUCAACCUGCAGGAAAAUAUCCUCUUCGCCUCCAUCAUCUCUGCGGUGGACCCUGUUGCUGCUCUGAAUGUUUUUGAGGACAUUGGAGUCAAUGAGCAGAUUUAUAUAGUCAUAUUUGGAGAGGGGCUUUUCAACGAUGCUGUAACUGUGGUACUUUACAACAUGUUUACCUUCCUGGCAGACCUGCCUGAGGUUGAAUCCUUGGAUGUGGUCCUGGGAAUGGCCCGGUUCAUUGUUGUGGCGAUGGGAGGCUUCUUUUUUGGGCUUCUGUUUGGACUCACAGCUGCGUUCACCACACGUUUCACCAGCAAUGUCCGCCACAUAGAGCCCCUCUUUGUCUUCAUGUACAGCUACCUGGCGUACCUCAUAUGUGAGUGUUUCGCCCUCUCCAGCGUCUUGGCUAUUAUAACAUGUGCUAUAACCAUGAAGUACUACGUGGAGGAGAAUGUUUCCCAAAGAUCUUGCACCACCAUCCGCCAUGUAAUCAAGAUGCUAUCCACCAUCUCUGAGACCCUCAUCUUCUUCUUCCUGGGUGUUGUCACCAUAACCACUGACCAUGAAUGGAACUGGGCAUACAUUGUGUUUACACUGCUGUUCACCUUCAUCUGGAGAGGACUUGGCAUUCUGGUGCUUACCCAAAUCAUCAAUCCGUUCCGUAUCAUCCAGUUCAACUACAAGGACCAGUUCAGCCUCUCCUAUGGAGGCCUGCGAGGGGCAAUCUGCUUUGCCCUGGCCUUCACCUUACCCAAUACCAUCAACAGGAAGAACCUUUUUGUCACUGCAUCCAUUGCUGUCAUUAUAUUCACAGUUUUCUUACAGGGCAUCAGUAUCCGACCUAUUCUGGAGUAUUUGAACAUCAGGAAAAACAACAACAAGGACCUGAACACCAUCAACGAUGAGGUUCACACAAGGACGAUGGAGCAUAUUAUUAGUGGCAUUGAGGACUUGUGUGGACAAUGGAGCCGCUUUUACUGGAAGGACAAGUUUAAGAAGUUCAACGAUCAGGUUUUGAGGCGCAUCCUGCUCCGAGAUAACAGGGCACAGUCCAGCAUUUUGUCUUUGUACAAGAAACUUGAGCUGCAGCACGCCAUUGAUUUAUUGGACACACCUAUGGGAGACCUCAGUGCAGCGCCAUCUAUUGUUUCUUUGCAGGACGAGAGGAGGGAGGCUUCUCGACCCAAGAGAAAGUUCAAGGCUGCUGACAUCAUGAAAAUGCAUGACGUCUUGUCAAAGAACAUGUACAAGAUCAGACAAAAAACAAUGGGUUACACAAGCAAGUACAAUCUACCUGACGACAGCAAAACCAGGGAGAUUCUGAUCCGUCGCCACGCCAGCAUCAGACACAGCGUUCGUGCAGAGAGUUUCCGCGAACAGUCUGAUCAAAACAUUCCCAGAUCUCAAAAGUACCACUCACUGCAACCUGGGGGGGAUUUGGAGUCUGCCUUUGCCCUCAGGAGAAGAAGUCAUGCUGGCAGCGGUGGCGUAGCUCAUCUCUCAGACCAUCUUCAGACUUCUGGAGUGUCGCCACGCUCUUCAUCCCGCUCAUUCAAACCUAUGAGGCAGAUGAACGCCAUCACAGAGGCUGGAAAUACAGGUGAGCAUCCAGACACUUCUGCCCAUCACCCCUCCUCAUUACCUGGGGUAGGGUUUCAGGACAUGAGGGGGCCUGGAAGUGUGGGAGAAUCUAGCCUGAGAGGUAGAAACCCGCCAGUUCCUGCUCCCAGGAGGAGGAGUUUGGAUCAGGUAGAUGGAGAUGAAGACUCUGAACAUACAGGUGAAAGGGGGGAACCAGUGCGUCCCCCCCAACUACCACCGCCACAUGUUUGGGUACCCGAGAACCAGGAUCACAGAGACAAUGGGGCAGGAAACCCCUUAAUUCGACAAUCCUCACAGGGGCCUCAAGGCUCAAGCAGAUUUUGACAGAGAAGGAUGUAUUUUUAAUAAAGUCAGGUGAUAAAAAACACAAAGACUCUGAACUGCAAAACUAGAAAAAUGCUGACAGUGUAGGGAAAAAUGUAAUUUAUACUGAUCUUUUUAUUAGAUUAUUUUGCAUUUUCUUUGUUAAAACCCACAAACAAAACAUCAUGAUCUUAUGUGCCUGUUCUCUUUACUGUAUUUAAUAUUUUAUAUAUUCCUUAUUACAUUAAAAUGAUGUUAACUCAACCAUUACUUCAAGCAGCUGAAAUCUCUCUCUGGGUAAUGUUGCUCUUUUUACAGCAAUAAAAAACUGCAUUACAACAAUAUUGUUACAAAUAGCACAAUGGUAUAAACUCAAUCAAAUAUUCUGUUUGUUUUUUUAUGUUGUGUGUACUUAACUUACAUUUGUAUUAUUUUGGGUUUAUUUAAAAAUAAGCAAACAUUGUUUUUGACACUUUUUUAACAGUCGUGUAAUAAAUAAAUGUUACUGAAUGUAUUUUAUGAAAAUUAAUGCAGCAAACCCCCCACCAUCUCAAGAUCAACAUGAGAUCCACAUGAUCCCAACGGUCCUCUAGGAGUAAAAAUAGCACAGUCUUCUAUGCUGAAAAGCCAGUAAUACAAUGGGAUUAAUAAGGGAUUAGUUGACCUGCCUAUCAACAGUCAUACAACACUAAAAACUACUAUGAAACAAUGUGUAGGUUGCAUUGGUUGAAGAACAAA